CGUCCUCCCUGCCUCAUGAGGUUUAUUUCCCCCCAGAAUCCCUUCAGGUGCUUCGGGAAAAGAGUCACGUUGGGUCAGGCAGCUCUUGGGAUGGCCCCAGAAUACGACAGUGGCCGCAGACAAAGGACCUCCCGAGCAGGGGGCGGGGCUUCGGCGUGUCAGGCGCGAGUAGGGGGCGCUGGCCGGAGCACUAGGCGCUGCUGCGGAAGAGGAGAAGAUUUCAAUAUGACAUCUAUGUUGACCUGUGCUGUCAGAACCUUUCCUGCUGCUUCAGCAUGGGCUGCCAGAUUCUCUGUGAGGUCCCUCAGCUGUUCACCGCAGUUACAUACAGCAGUUCAGCCCAAGAGUAAGAAAACUUUAACCAAAAAUGGGGUGAAGAACGUGGUGGUGGUGGAUGGUGUUCGCAUUCCGUUUUUGCAGUCCGGAACUUCGUAUGCAGAUUUGAUGCCACAUGACUUGGCCAGAGCAGCAUUGCAAGGCUUGUUGCACCGGACCGACGUGCCAAAGGAGGUGGUUGACUACAUUGUGUUCGGCAUCGUUAUCCAGGAGGUGAAGACGAGCAAUGUGGCUAGAGAGGCUGCCUUGGGAGCAGGCUUCUCGGACAAAACCCCAGCUCACACGGUCACGAUGGCUUGCAUCUCUUCCAACCAGGCGAUGACCACAGGGGUCGGUCUCAUUGCAUCUGGCCAAAGUGAUGUGGUGGUUGCCGGUGGUGUCGAGCUGAUGUCGGAUGUGCCCAUCAGACAUAGCAGGAAGAUGAGGAAGACGAUGCUUGGCCUCACCAGGGCAAAGACCUUGGGCCAAAGACUGUCUCUGAUCUCCAGGAUCCGUCCAGAUUACUUCUCUCCCGAGCUCCCAGCAGUGGCCGAGUUCUCCACCAGCGAGACCAUGGGCCACUCGGCAGACCGGCUAGCCGCUGCCUUUGCCAUUUCCCGCUUGGAGCAAGAUGAGUACGCCCUGCGGUCACACAGCCUGGCCAAGAAAGCCCAGGACGAGGGGCUCCUAACGGACCUGGUGGCGUUCAAAGUGCCAGGCAAAGACACAGUCGUGCGGGAUAAUGGAGUCCGUCCAUCUUCGCUGGAGCAGAUGGGUAAACUCAAAGCCGCUUUUGUCAAGCCUUAUGGAACUGUCACGGCUGCCAAUUCCUCUUUUCUGACUGAUGGAGCAUCGGCAGUCCUGUUGAUGUCCGAAGAGAAGGCUUUGGCGAUGGGCUACAAACCAAAGGCCUACCUCAGGGAUUUUGUGUAUGUAUCCCAGGAUCCAAAGGACCAACUCUUGCUCGGCCCCACCUACGCGACUCCCAAAGUGCUGGAGAAAGCAGGCCUCACCAUGGCAGACAUCGAUGUCUUUGAGUUUCACGAGGCGUUUGCUGGGCAAAUUUUAGCCAACAUGAAAGCGAUGGAAUCUGAUUGGUUUGCCCAGAACUAUAUGGGCAGGAAGUCGAAGGUUGGAGCCCCCGCGCUGGAGAAAUUCAACAACUGGGGUGGGUCUCUCUCUUUGGGGCACCCCUUUGGUGCCACCGGCUGCCGCCUGGUCAUGACAGCCGCCCACCGGCUGAAGAAGGAGGGAGGCCAGUACGGCCUGGUUGCAGCGUGUGCCGCUGGAGGACAGGGCCACGGAAUGAUUGUGGAGCUUUACCCGCAGUAGGAGUGCCAAGAACUGCACUGGAGGAGCUUGCCAGAGACAACCACGCCGUCCCCAUGUACUGAUCCAAGAUCAUCUCUGGUCCUUCCCUCGAAAGGACCGUCUGGUGGCCUUUGUAGAUAUUUUCUAGUUGCCUGAGAAAGCUGACUAACCAUGAACAGCCAGAGCCUUCCAAGUUCUGCCUAGUCAUUUAUGCCAGUAAGGGCCUUCUGAAUGGAUAAGCCCUUUUUCUCUUAGGAGAAGGGUGUUUGCAUUUGGAGCACUCUGAUUCCGAAGGAGAGAAGAUGUUCCAUGAUGAGCAGGUCUGCUUUCAAAGUAAUCUUGGAGGAGGAACUUAGCUUUCUUUUCAGAGGACUUGCAGUAUGAACUCCAACAAACUAGGCAGUGUUUCCCCCAAGAGAAAGCAGGGCAAAGUCUGUGAAGCAUUGGGAAGCGGGCUGUUGACACCUUUGGAUGCUGCGUCUGUCACUGCUCAUCAGCCUCAAUAAAGGAGAGAAAUGGU